AUGUUAUCAUUUAUUCGUAAAAGACUUCCAUCGAAAGAUCGAAGUACUGAACAUCUUCAACAUGUCAAAUCAAAUCAUAAUCAAGAUGAACAUCAGAAUGAUGAUGAAAUAAAACGAAGUCAAUCGACAAAUGAAUUAGAUAAUAAUAAUAAUAAUGAAAAGAAAAAACAAAAGAAGAAAAAGAAAAAUAAAUUCAAUUCUUCAUCAACAGUUGAUGAACUUGUUCAUCCUUCAACUAUUUCAUCAACAAGUGAACCAAUAAAUAAAUCCUAUUCAGAUGUAGAUUAUUUUCCAAUGAUGUGUGGAACUCUAUCUCAAUCGAAUAAACAUGACAAAACAUCGACAAAUAAUGAUUGUUCAUCUGAUUGUUAUUUAAAUCCAUCAGAUAUUCUACAAACAAAAAGUGAUAUUAAUUAUGUGCAAACAAAACCACGAGUUUUUCAAAUUCCAGUAAUUGAUUGUCGAUAUGAAGAGAAAAAACUUAGUUAUAAAGAUAUUGAUCAUCAACGAACGAAAGUUCUUCAACAACUAACUGAACAACGAAUACAAAAAAAGUUAAUAAAAUUAAGAAAUAUUUAA